AUGUACUCUCCGGCGUAUUACGCGGCGUGUACAGUCGGCGGGAUGUUGAGCUGCGGUGUCACCCACACGGCGGUUACACCGCUCGAUGUCCUCAAAUGCAAUAUGCAGAUUGAUCCAUCAAAGUACAAGAACAUAACUUCUGCUUUCAAGACAACAAUCAAAGAACAAGGGAUCAAGGGUUUCACCAGAGGCUGGUCACCGACACUCAUCGGGUACAGUGCUCAGGGAGCGUUCAAAUACGGUCUGUAUGAGUACGCCAAGAAAUACUACUCAGACAUCGUUGGACCAGAAAACGCAGCCAAAUACAAAACCCUGAUCUACCUCGCAGGCUCUGCCUCUGCGGAGAUCGUCGCCGAUGUAGCUCUCUGUCCCAUGGAGGCAGUCAAAGUCAGGGUCCAGACUCAGCCUGGUUUCGCCCGCGGUUUAUCUGAUGGUUUACCAAAGAUCAUUAGAUCAGAAGGCGUUCGCGGUUUAUUCAAAGGGAUUGUUCCUCUCUGGGGACGCCAGAUUCCAUAUACGAUGAUGAAAUUUGCUACUUUUGAGAACACUGUGGAGCUCAUAUACAAGAAGGUGAUUCCUAAACCGAAGGAAGAGUGUUCGGAGCCGGUUCAGCUCGGUGUUAGCUUCGCCGGUGGAUACAUUGCUGGAAUUUUCUGCGCUGUUAUCUCUCAUCCUGCGGAUAACUUGGUGUCUUUCCUCAAUAACGCUAAAGGAGCCACCGUUAGUGAUGCAGUGAGUAGGCUAGGGUUAUGGGGUCUGCUUACACGUGGCCUUCCUCUCCGUAUUUUCAUGAUCGGAACACUCACUGGAGCACAAUGGGUUAUCUAUGAUGCUGUCAAGGUUUUAGCUGGACUGCCAACCACUGGUGGUGCUUCUCCUGCUCCAGCUGUAAGUGCAUAA